AUGCAGGAAGUCGACGAAGAAGGCCGCACUCCCGCUCACGCCGCCGCAUCAAGCGGACACGUCGACUGCUUGCAGACGUUGCACGCGCUUGGAGCGGCGGCGAGUCUGUCAGCGGCGGAUGAGAAUGGGACCACUCCCGCUCACGAAGCCGCAUCAGAAGGCCACGCCGAUUGCCUGCGGGCGUUGCACGCGCUUGGAGCGGCGGCGAGCCUCUCGGCGGAGGCUGCGAACGGGCGCACUCCCGCUCACCUCGCAGCAUUACGCGGCCACGCCGACUGCCUGCGGGCGUUGCACGCGCUUGGAGCGGCGGCGAGCCUCUCGGCGGCGGAUAAGAAUGGGUGCACUCCCGCUCACGCCGCCGCAUCAAACGGCCACGCCGACUGCUUGCGGGCGUUGCACGCGCUUGGGGCGGCGACGAGCCUGUCGGCGUCGGCUCCGGACGGGCGCACUCCCGCUCUCGUCGCGGCAUCAGAAGGCCACGUCGAGGCCCUCUCAGCGGCGGAUGCGUACGGAUUCACUCCCGCUCACGAAGCCGCAUCAAACGGCCACGCCGACUGCCUGCGGGCGCUGCACGCGCUUGGAGCGGCGGCGAGCCUGUCGGCGGCGGCUGCGAACGGGCGCACUCCCGCUUACGCCGCAGCAACAAAAGGCCACGCCGACUGCCUGCGGGCCAUCACGCCGCUCCUCGCCCAACUGGUUGAGCUUACGUCGCCGGAUGCGACCGGUCUGCCAGGGGUCAUCGCCGAGCUUGAGGCGAAGCAGUCUCUCUCGUGGGGCCUCGCCGAUGUCGUGACACCGGCCGAAGUCGCCGCACGACGUGGCCACGAGAGUUGCCUUGAGUUCCUUGCGUCCAUCGGAGGCGCAGACCGCUUCUGGGCUAACCUCGUCGAGUCGCCCGAGAAGAUCCCGUACUACAAGGUCGACUUGCUCUCCAAGCCCUCGCUGCUCAACCUGCCCGCCAAGCGCGCUUGGCUCCAUGAGCGCCUGGAGGCGGUGGUGGGCGACGCUGAUGCUGCGGCGCUCUCGCUCGUGGUGCACCACGACAACAUCACGGACGGCCUCUGCGCGCAGCUGGGCGUCGACGAGACCACCGGCGUCCUGCUGGAUGGGACGGUCCCGCGGCGUCUGGACGUGACGUACGAGGGCGAGGGUGCCGGCGGCGACGGGCUACGGCGCGCGUGGUUCAGCGAGGUGACGAAGGAAAUGGGGGACCGGGACUUUGGUCUCUUCUCUGCGGCCG